GGGUAACUGUGAGGGUGGGCGGAGCUAGUGUGGAGGAGGCGUGUUUUGUUUUAGACUGAUGGAGGAGCAGGAGGUACUAACCCUAUUAAACAACCCAUGACUUUAGCACGCUACAGAUAGGGAGAGAGUGGGAGAGUGAGAGAGCGAGCGAGAGGGAGACUAUGACCUAACACUACAUAAUGGUACACUAAUUUAAACCUUUAGUUUAGACUGAUGGGCUUCUUUCCCUUUUUUGUUCAGCUGCUGGUCGUCUCAUAGUGGAAACCUUUAAGAUACCUCAUGUAGCUAGCAGGUACCCUAGCUGCUAACUCUAGCUAGCAGGUACCCUAGCUGCUAACACAAGCUAGCGGCUUACCCGGGAUAGCAGGUACCAUAGCGGCUAACUCUAGCUAGUUAACAGCAAAACUGUAUGCUAGCCAGCGGCUAAUCAGGCAUUAGCUAGCAUGCUUACCUGAGAGUGGAGCCAGGAAGCAGGCUUUACCUCGGAUACAGAUCACCAUGGCAACUCUCUCUGUCUAUCUCUAGCUCUCUACAUCUCUCUCGGUCUCUCUCUGCAAUCCUAAUUUCACUACACCGGGUCAAACUUGGGAGAGAUUUGCUUUCUUUCAGUGACAAACUGUUAGCCAUGACGAAGAUGGUGGUAAAACAAAUAAUAAUAUUGUUGAAGAUAAUGGUAUUAAUUUUAUUUUUGUUUUUAUGAAACCUUUUUAUUUUGUAUGUAAAUGUAACAUCUAUUCAAACCACACCCUGUUUCAGUUCACACUUCUUUGUGCCUUUUUAAAAAAAGAAAAGAAAAAAACAUUUGUUUCCUGGGGAGAAGAUAGUUGUGUUAUGACAUCGCAUCCUCUUGUUCAGUUAAAAAAACACUAGAUCGGAAGAAAAUGGCUAUAAUAAUAUUAAUAAUAAUCACGGAAAAUACUUUUUCUACUCGUGCCUUUCUGUAUCUAUCCCUCUUGCGUCUGUAAAUCUGCUCCUGUCGUUUUGUUUCGCUCCCCAUCUUUCCAGACCAUAACCUGUUGACAUUUCUCUUUGUCUCUCUUACGUUAUUCGGUCUUGUAUUUGUUCCCUAUAUGCACCUUUCUCUCCGUUUCUUCCCGCUCUCUGUGUUUUUGUCCUCAGUUUGAAAACUGUUCGUGCCUUUCUCUGUCUUUUCUCUCCUCGCUGGGACCGUGUGUUGAGGGUGGGGCGAUGUUGUCCCCCUCGUGUGGUUAGUUUCAGGUACUACAUUGAAUUUAAUGAUAACGAUAUAAUAUAAAUAUAGUGAAACACAUUCGUCUUCUGCGUUUUGUCUUUUUCCGUACCUGUAUUCUGAUUUUGCAGAGAACAAUGGAUUCAAAAUGUCCUUUUAUGUUUUCACCAUACGAAGACAUGAACAUCAUAUAAGACUCGAUUUUACUGUACUUUCCUCCACUGCUGAGAACCAAGCACCAGCAUGACAUUCAAGGCCAUAAAACAAAGGGUCAACACUAUUAGGUGUCUUUCCUCAAUAAAGGCUGUGUAUUUAUAAUAAUAGCGGAUGAAGAUGAGAGAUGAUUUAUAAUAUACUGUGUGUAUAUAUAUAUAUAUAUAUAUAAUAUAUAAUUAUAUCGUGUUCCUGUUUACGAGCGACAGGUUUAGCGAGCCAAUUGGAUUUAAGUAAAUAAAGACUCAAAGAGUGAUGGCAGAAUUGCUCAUUCACCUUUCAUCGCAGAUGAGGGCGUGACUUAGGAGUGGUGCGCUUGUUAUUGUACAUCGACUUAUGCACUUGUCACGUGGGUUUCAAAACCGGUAAAUUAUAGAAGUUUCUCUUCAUUUGCCUAGAUUUUGGAGCUACAUAUUUUUAACAGAAUACUAAUCUAAGUUAUUUGCAAUACCAUAUCAUACAGGAUUAUACGUAGAAAACUAAACAUGUGGUGAGAAAACCGCUUUUAACCCCACCCGGGUACCACACGUCACUUGUUAAUCGGAUGCCGGGUUAGAAAUAAACGAGCACACCCCAGAGCGGUGUUUUGUUUUUGUUUUCGACGGUUUAUGAAGCCUGGAAACACAGGGAUGCACAUGACUAAAAAGACAAGAAACACAAUGAAGCCUCCGUCACAGUCGCAGUCAUCGCCAGUAUUUGAAGGUGUGUACAACAAUGCCGGGAUGCUCCAUAUCCUUACCUCUGUGGUGGGAGCCACGUGUGACGUGAGGGUUAAAAACGGGGCCGUGUACGAAGGGAUCUUCAAGACACUCAGUUCCCAGUGUGAGCUUGCGGUGGAUGCGGUCCACAAGAGGGGGGAGGGAGGUCCAGUGGAUGACGGUGGGGGAGGUGGUGAUGGGGGAGGGGGACCCAGGAUUGAGGACAUCACAGACACCAUGAUCUUCAGCCCGUCAGAUCUGGUCACCAUGACCUGCCGCAACGUGGACCUCAGUUUCGCCAUCAGAGAUGCGUUCACAGACUCUGCCAUCAGCAGCGGGCGUGUGAACGGGGAGCAGCGGGAGAAAGUUCUGCUGCGCUGGGACGGAGGAGACCCCAACGGAGAGGGACUGGACCUGGACACAGACUCUUCCAAUGGCUGGGAUGCUAACGAGAUGUUCAAGUUCAACGAGGAGACGUACGGAAUCAAGUCCACCUACGACUCCAACCUGUCCAUGUACACCGUGCCUCUGGAGCGGGGGUCUUCCGAUUCGUUCCGGCAGCGGGAGGCGCGCGCCGCCCGGCUGGCCAAUGAGAUCGAGGGCAGCGCUCAGUACCGCCGCCGCGUCUCCCUGGAGAACGACGAGGGGAAGAGCGAGGAGGACAAGUUCAGCGCCGUGGCGAGGGAGAGGGAGGGCCGCGCCAGCCCCGGCUUCUCCGCCGUCACCAGGGAGGGCCGCUACAUCCCGCUGCCCCAGAGGGCCCGAGAGAUGGGCGUGUCUCCCAGCAGCCUGAGGGGUGGCGCCCCGGCCCGCCCCGGAGGCCCCGCCUCCUCCAGGCACCCCGCCCCCAACUCCGCCUCCCCGAAGCCGACCACCGAUAGGAGCAGCCCCCUGUCCGUCAGGACCGCUUACUCUCCCCACCAAUCACAGGCCAGCCCCCCCGCGGCCGGCAGCCCCCCCUGCUCCAAUCACGCGCCUCCACCUUUCGCUGGCGACGCCCCCCGCGCCUCCCUCAAUGGAGUCGUGUCACGAACAUCUCCUAAAGCCCAGAGGCAGGCGACCAACAGACACCUGCGCAACACCCAGCCUCCAGUGUCUCGCUCACCGAAGCCCGAUGCCCAGCCCCAGGAGUUUCCUGUGGCUGACUCCUCCCACCCAUCGGUCACCAUGCCAACGGCCAAACCGUCUGGCCCCACCCCUCUGUUUCCUGUAGAUGUGAACGAGAUCCUGAACUCUGCAGCCAAUGACCGACCAGACGGGAGCCCCCAGGACCCCAAGACUAACAAAGUCCAGCAGAGGUCCCAGUUGGAAGAGCUGAGGAAGUUUGGCAAGGAGUUCCGGCUGCAGCCAAGCUCCUCCCCCUCAGGUGGCCCCGCCUCCGCCACAGCACCUGCUCAGGCACCAGACUCCGCCCCCAGCCCCCUGGCCCACCCCUCCUCCUCCUCCCCCCAGGUUCUGCAGCAGUCCCCCGGGAUGUUGGCCCCCACUUCAGGCCUAGCUGCCGGGCACCUGGGCUCCACUCCCGGGGGCCCGCAGGCCCCCGCCGGCACCCCCGGAGAGGAGGCCUUGCUGGAGGGCAGAGAGGCUGGCGUACCUGCAGUGCAGGUGAAGAGCUCCACGCUGAACCCCAAUGCGAAGGAGUUCCAGCCCGUUAAGAUCAGCCCCGCUGCUGUACCCCUGCAGAAGCCGUCACCCACGCCCACCCCCCCGCGCCCCAGCGCCCCCUCCCCCUCCGUGGUAAUGCCCCCCCCCGGCCAGCACCCCGUCUACAGCGGGGGUCCCGGACACUACCUGUCCUACCUGUCCCCCAUCCCACUGCAAGGGCCCGCGGUCCAGGCUCCACAGAUGUACCAGUACACCAUGUCCACCGUCAACCAGAACAAAUACCCCAGGCCUAAAGGUCCCAUGCUGGGCUCCCGUCCCGACCAGCACGGCUCCAUGGGGUCCCCAGUCCUCCACGCCGGCCCCUCCCUGGUGGCCUCCCCCUACCCCCAGUCCUACCUGCAGUACGCCCUGCCCCCCCACUACCCUGGACAGCCCAUGUACUCAGUGCUUCCCGGGGGAGCCAGGAUGCUGACCUCCGGGGCCCCACCCCAGGCCAUGGGCCCCGCCGGCCCCCAGUACCCGGGCCAAGCCGAGGCCUCCCAGGGGCAGCAGCAGGCCAUGUAUGCGGCCCAGUCGUUCUCCGGACCUCUGCAUCACCCCCAGCCCUCCAGCACCCCCACAGGAAGUCAGCCCCCACCUCAGCAUGCUGCUCCAAGCCCCGCCCACUCCCAGUCCGGCCAGGGGGCCCCCCAGCCCCACGCCCUCUACCACACGGGGCAGCUGUCGGCGGCCCCGGGACACAGCUCCCCCCAGGCCUCCUUCUCCAUGCAGGGCUACAGCCUCCCGCCGCACCAGAGCCUGAACCACUCCUUCACCCAGAUCAGCCAGCUGGCCCAGGCCCAUGUGGCGGGGGGGAUGAGCGGACACCACCACCACCCCCAGGGGGGCCACGGACCCCCGCCCGUCAUGCUGCACUACGGGCCGCCCCAGCACGCGGCUAGCCCCGCCCCCCAGCACCCCAACACCCCCCACCAGCAGGCGGCGCACCAACACUUCUACAUGGGAGCGCACCCAGCUGUUCAGGUGCAGGGUCACCCCCCCCAGCAGCUGUCUUUCCACCCGGCUGGAAAUUGAGCCCUCCCUCCCAUAACCUCUGACCCCAGAAGGAGUGUCAACACUAUCCCACCCCCCACCCCCACCCUCCACUCUCCACAUUCCCGCCUCUCCAACUCCUGAAAAAACAAACUCAUUUUAAUCCAUUUUAGUCGUUCUUUUACUAAAGAGAGUAGAAAGUGUCUUCCUCUGGGGUUGAAGAGGAGCUUGUGCGAGGAAGAGGAAGACAAGGACGAAGAGCAGAAACCUCUUCAUAAAAUAAUGACAAAUAAAAAAAUACACUUUUCAAUCUCAACCCGUCGUUUCCCCCCCAAGUGUUUGAUUCCCCGUACGAAGACGUCUGGUUUAAGUCCAAGCGAACACAAACGGCGAGACGAGAUGGUUUGAGGAGUUUAAUUGUCAGGACAGAAGGCCUUGCAGCUAGGGAUCUACAGUGCUCACAACAUAUAAAUACAACAGGUUCAACUCUAAACAUUCUCAGGAGAGUCAGCAGGUCCACAAUAAAGCAUUAACAAAUCGACCAAUCACAGCAGAGUCACUUCCCAACAGCCAAUCAUAGCAGAGUGACGCAUGCAAUUGCAUUUGUUUAACAGCUAGGGUUGGAUUUGGACAUGAAUGGGUAAAUGCCGUCUUAGCACAAGGUGAACAAAUAUUAAUUGCAGUUUUAUAGCGCUAUUCAAGAUACCCAAAGCGCUUUACUGUGUGUGUGUGUGUGGGGGGGGGCACUAAAUGCAUUUCCAUUCCUUAUGAACAGCAGACUGAUCCAGCAUUUAGACAGAGCCUGUAUCUUUCCACACCAACUCUAAAAACAACUGCAGUCACCCAUAUUGUCAUUUCUCUCUUCCCCAGCAGAGACACGAGACUCUCACAUAUUCAUCAAAUAGAAUAUGUGAACCUCUUCUGUGUCAAUAGGCUUCGUCCAAUCAGAUUGAAUGCUGGAUGUCAAACACCUGAAAGGAGAGAGAGGCGGGGCAUGGUUGAGGGUGGCCGGCAGGAGAGUGAGGGUAGGUUAUGUCACGGAGGUGUAGUCCUACCGGCUGGUUGACGUAGUCCCCUUCGUCGUUGUCAUAGUCGCUAUCCGUACUUGCUGGGGUGCAGUAAAUACAGUAAAGAUUAGUUUUCGGACUAAUAUUAAAUACGAUUUAUUCAUAUUUUAUAAUAGUUUUCAUUUAAAAUUGGUUGGGAAGGUCAGGAUAGGUUAGAUGAUCAUAACAAUAUCGGUAUGUUGUGAAUAUCCAUUCAGAUGGUUGAACUCACUCCUCUGCUGUUCUUACUUUGUUUCAUUUUUUUAUGUUCGUUGACAACGCAUGUCUAUUGACCAUGCCAGUACAGCUCUUCUUGAACUGACAGACAGUUAUGCUCAGAGGCAGACAGGUAGGCUAACCGACAGACAGGGAAUCAGUUUACCGUUUUCUGUUGGCAUGAAAGAUGGCCGUCGCUCUGGAACCACAGGAGAACUUGGACUGGAGGAACACACACAAAUAAACACACACACAAAUAAAUAACACAAACACACACAAAGUAGUCUAAUCUGCUUCGUAAUUUUAGAAUAGGUGUCUGUGUCUCACAAGAGGGGGGAGGGGAUACCGCCGGCUCCGGUGGAGUUUUGGUCUGAGGAACACAAAACACAACGUUAGCCUUCAUCAUCACCAUCACUAUCCUCUUCAUCACCUCCUCCUGCCUGCAUCAAGAUGGCUGCCCUCACAAAGUGUUUAUCAAGGAAAAGGAAAGUACUUUAGUACAACAAGUACUACAGUCCUCUUUACUACAGUAAAUGUUAAAGAAGUACUACAGUCCUCUUUACUACAGUAGAGGUACAGGUACUACUACAGUCCUCCUAAAAAGGUAGACUUAUCCCCAUAAAAUGAACUACUGAAGAGUGGGGCAGGUUUGA